ACAAUUCUCGGCUAAUUGUCUCCAACACAGCGUUACGUAAAUGUAACGAGAUUAAGAAUGAUCCCUUUGUAUUGGUGCUCGACGUCGUAACAGAAAUAGACAACACGUGCUGUCAUAACAACCCCAACCUACGAAACAAUCGAUCGUUGUUACUAAUUUUACUGUACACUUCUACAAGACUAUAAAAAAUAUCACUUGGAAGAAAAUAAAGUCGGUGUAUUUUCCUGAAAACCCGGCGAGCUUAUUACAUAUCAAACGUCGCCGCUUCCGUGAGAGCGGAAUUUCCAAACUGCGUUAAAUUAUUACUGAAACAACAAAACUGGGACACCUGGUGUAGAUAUAAGUUGGUUUAAAGUUAGGUAGAGGAGAAAAAGUUAUGAUGCUAGAUGGGUAUAAUAACGUCCUGACAGUGCUCCACUCGUGAAGGUCUUCGCCGCAAUGUGACUGUUAUUUGUUAGUGCUCGUCUACGGGUCCAAAGGUUGCUGCAAGCCAUUUUCGUUCCUCUUCGCGUCUAUAAUGUAAAUUAAAAGGCGCUGGAUAAAGUUUCGCCGUUCUGAAAAAUCCCCAAUAUGAUUAAUACGAACAUGUCCGCCAUUAAUCAAGAAGCGAACUGUCAAUUACGUAACGACGCCACAUUUGUAUUAAUAAGCCGGCAAAUUAAUAUGCCACUUGAACAAGCAUUGAUGUAAGUAGGUAGCGCAUAGGAGAACCCCAGUCGGAACUAAAACACCAGCUCUGAAAUAACACACUGGAAUGCUAAAGUUACAAAUUGAUGCCAAUUAAUUAGUUGAUAAAACAGCGUUUGAAAGAGGAGACAGAAAAUAAGAUUAAUGCAAUAUUUAAGUAUAGACAAGCCGAAGAUAAUUCGCACGUGUAACCAGACCCAGGCUCGCCCACUCCAGAGUGUGUAAUGUGACGAUAAUUUCGAGCGAAUUGAUGGCCAGAUCCGGAAAAAGUUUCGGCCAGAUUAAGUCACCCUCUUUGGAAGGACCCGACGCCUGUUGGUAUACAUUUAUUCCGUCUUCAACUCAACGAGUAGAAGUUCAGAUUUAUAGACUUGUAAAUGCUGGGAAACAUAAUGGCACCAGUUGCGUAGGGGGUUUUCUGCAGCUUGCAGGAGGGCCAGAACCGCAAUAUAGCCAAACCGACAACCAGAUUUGUGGUAGCAACGAGAGAUAUGCUCCACCGGUUGUUUUCUUUGCCGACGAUGGAUUGGCCACAUUGUUAUUUCAGAUAACGGAAAAAACGCGGCGUUCUCAAUUCUUGGCAUAUUUUAGUUUCACAUCAAUAAAUAAUAGCGACGGUUUAGGAUAUCAGCCACGAGGAGGAAUGAAACUCCAAAACACAGAUUGUGACUGGCUCUACCAAGAUUUCGCAUGCAACAAAUCUGAGCAAGAGGGAAAUUCUUGCGUACUUGCUAGUCCAAGCUACCCUGGUGUGUAUCCACCUUAUCGACAAUGCAAAUACCACAUCACUACUAGCAAUGAAAACAUUCAAGUACGCAUUAGUUUCACUGCACUACUCUUACCGCAGAAUUGCAAAACAGAUUACAUAUCGAUUUACCAAGGUUCGACAACAAGUAGUCCUUUACUUACAACUUUGUGUGGUAAUCAGCGUAAAACUUUGGAAUAUUAUGGACUAAAUUUGCUCGUAGAGUUCAGAUCUGGGUCUCAGAAACCACCAUUUGACUAUAACGGCUUCGUCGCAACUCUAAAGUUUUCUGAAAGGUCUCUAACUACUGAAGCAACUACCACGGUACACAUACACCCUCGGACGACAAUGUCUAAUCUAAUUUUUCCAAUGAACGAAUCCAUUACGUCUACCCCGGAGACUUCUAGCUGUGACAUUCUUAUAUCCGGAAAUAAUACGAGGUCUGGUCAUUUCGAUACCAGGGAACAUGAGUGGCAUCCUAUUUGCCGCUUAGUAUUCCAAGGCCGUGUAACCGACGUAGUUCAUGUUUCUUUCUUUAACUAUCGAUUACGAACCCCUUCAUGUAAGUCCGUAAUAGAAGUAAUAGAUAACAGGAUCGAGGACAAGAGAAGCAUUAUUGAUAGAAUAUGUAGCCCGAUCUUGAAGCAGUCUAGAGAUCAAGACUAUCGUUCUGCUGAACCGACGUUCUUAUCUACCGGUAACACAAUGAUAAUCAUACUAAAGAGGUCAUCGGCACCCCUUUCCACAAACGAAGCUGAAUUCCUUGCGGGAGCGUAUUUCUUUCAUGACGAGCAAAUAAGCGGAACCAUGCAACCUAACGCAUUAUGCGACGUGAAGUUCAACGGGAUUAACAGCCCUCUAGCAGGAAUGAUAGAUAACCCAGGCACCCAGCACCUGUAUUGGAACAUCGAUGGUCCUUUAUCCUGUCGCCAGCAAUUUAUUCCCAGCAACAACCAAAGCAUAACCAUAAAAGUCCAAAGUAUUGAAAAUAUGUCCAAAGAACCGAACUGUGUGACACAGUGCGGUGAUAAUGGCUGUCGCUGUGUUUCAAGCAGCCCCUUGAAAAAUAUCGAUCAUCUUAUGUUACUGGGCGAUAAUAACCUCAAUAUAGCCUGUCUCUGCGGCAGCUUUCAAACGGAAGGCUUGCCAGUCAGUGCCCGGACUUGGGGAUCCCUUACGGUCAUCUACUCGGUAGCAUAUUACACUUGGACCAAAAAGGGCUUCGGAUUUUCCGCAUCCUACGCUUUCAAUACAGAUACGAUCUGUGGCGAACAUAUCUACACGGUCCAUUCAGGUGAAAUUGUAAUGAAAAAUCUAACGCCACCGGAAAAUCUUAACCACUUUUACCAACAAAGCUGCACCUGGACGCUACACUCCAACGUGGAACGCCAGCUAGAGCUAGACAUCACUUCCGAGCAAAACCGUCCUUGCACUGCUUGGAAUAUUAGUAUCCACGAGUACUCCCCCAGCCCUGAGAACCAACACUUAGGGGAACUGCAUCAUAUAUUUUGCUCAAGAGAUAACCACAAGUCGUACUUACUACCCUGGAAGCUUAACACAGUUGUCAUAAGAUUGUUCACACUCAGUAGAACUCUACCCCAAUUUAAAAUUAAAUGGAGAUCGCAGGUAGUUCGAGCCAAUACGAGAUUCAUUGGAGCACCGUCAGCUGCACCUAACGCUGUGUCAUCAACAGACUACCUUGAACCUAAUUCCAUGAGCCUUCUAUAUAUGCUUUUAAUCUUAAGCAAACUGUGUUUUUGGUGUGGACCUAGUGGAUUAAAUAGAUGAAUAUUGCAACGAUAAGACAACGCUCUAGUGAUCGUAUUAUUAUUUGCACAUAACAAAUUAAUGUUGUUCUUAAGUUCAAAAAGUCUAACCUAGACAUUGUAGUCUACCAUGCAGAUUUUGUACUUAUUUUAAUUACAUAUAUUGUAUAUAAACGAAAAAUAUGCCUUUGAGGCUGUAUUUUUCUAAACAUCUGCUCAAUUUGAUUGCCAAAAACAUACAUCUAAAAUUUAACUAACUGAAUGGGAUUUGUCCCCCGGACACUUAACCUAUUACGUUUCAAUAGAUCUCACACUAUCACUUGCCAACCAGUUCAUGAUGGUUAAAGUUCCUACAACGUCAAACUGGGUUUACUUGACAUUCUAGUGUUGAAUUUUGGAUGUAUAACGUCUUUGAUGUCUCUAAAAGAAUGAUAUUCAUUCUUGACAUUCGUCUAUUCAUCUGUCUGUGAUAUAAAACUAUUCGAAAUUGCGAUCACAAAAAAAAUCAGUAUAAAUAUAAAGCAAUAAUACAGGUAAAUUGGGAAUACUUGGAUGAAUAGGAAAAAACAAGAACUUAAGUAAGUUUGGAAGUGAAAACUUCAAUUUGACGCUACUCUAGUCAUUAGAUGGUAAUUUUCUCAAACAACACUGUAACAACAGAGAAUUAUCACUAUCAGUAUCAUUAGAUGCUUAGCCAUGUACUAAAUGCUGACAUAACUAUAUUUAAAAUUUAGAAAUUACAAGUUGCGUUAAUUUUUCUGUUAAGUUUUACAAACAUUUACGAAAAGCUAGCAUAAAAUUUGCACGUUACAUCUGUAAAUUACAAUUUAGCAUUACAAAAUUUUAAAAAACAAAAACAUCUCGAUAUGUAUCUUCAUAUUGUAGCCUUUUUUGGUGCCGUUUUUGUUGCAAAUUGAGCAGCUGUUAAUGUGUUAAAUAGCACUGCACAAUUUUGUUGUAAUGUUAGGUUUGUGUCAAUUAUGAGAUAUAUUAUAUGAAAACACAGUCUUCGAAAAGCAUUCGUUUUGCAAUAAACCCAACUAGCAAACAA